AUAGAAAAAUGUGACAUAUUAACAUGUCAAGAUGUAAUGAAAAGCAUCGGAAAAGUUUAAUACGAAAUAUGGGAGUCACCUUACUGGCAAGAAUGCUGCUAUUGAUUUCUUCGGUCACGUUAAUUUCUUUAUUAGCGCUUACACGAUGUGGUCUCAGUGGGGCUGCCUUGGACAGCGGUAUAAUGGAAGAAGCAGCAAUUCAACCAGUCAAAGCAUCUGCUUUAAGGUCAAAUUCUGAAUCACAUCAUGCUAUGCUAAUGAUUCAACGCGACGAAGAAAAUCAACAGGAAAUAGCAAAACUUAAAGCCGAGAUUAAAAGUCUUAAACUUGAACUGUUUCAAUUAAAAAAUAAUCCGUCAUUGAUAUCAGAUCAGUUGAUACCACUUAAUCCAAAUGCUUCCACAUUGUCAACCCAAAAUUCAGCUUCAAAUCUGCUUGAUUGCACCGGCUACAUCCGUCGACAAGUUGGUAAUGCGGAAAUACUUCAUGGGUUACCAAUGAACAACGAAUAUGAGCUGAUACCGUUUAAUCACUUCACCUUUAGUCGUGUUUAUCCCAUUGAUCUGGGUCUAGGAAAAAGGGUCGUUGAGAAACCAAUUGGAUAUAAGCGAAGGGAUCUUUUGGAUGCCCUAAACAGAGCACUAGAAUCUUUAAAUAAAAACGCCACACUUCCUAAUCAACGAUACACUUUGGAUGAUUUUAUCGAAGGGAUUUACCGUAAUGAACCAGUCACUGGCACGCAAUAUGAACUUUACUUUCGGACAAAGGAGAUAAAUAAUAAAACAAACCCCUCCCCCGCUUCUUCAUCUCAUCACAACGAUCACGGAACGACAAAAAUUAUUGUCAUGCGACCAUUCGCUCCAUUGCAAACAAUUCAAUUUGAAAGAUUUCCCAAGACAGCAGAGAAAGAGAUCAUACAUAUAAUAUUGCCGCUUUCAGGUCGCAUCAGUACAUUUCAAGGAUUCAUGGAGAAGUUUGUAAAAAUAGCGCUCAAAAACGACCGACGAGUUCAGCUAACAGUCGUUUACUUUGGCGAGGACGGGCUCUCCGACGCACGACAAAUCAUGAAGCGUAUCAUUGCGCAAAAAAGUGCUUACUCGUCGAAUCUUAAGUUAUUGGCCUUAAACGAAACCUUCUCGAGAGCAAAGGGACUUCGGGUUGGUGCUGAACAAGUAUGGAACGAGGACAAGAGUCGAGGGAAGAAUAACAAGGACGUGCUUCUGUUCAUGUGCGAUGUAGAUGUUGUCUUCAGUGCGAAAUUUCUCGACCGUUGUCGAUGGAAUACAAAGCCGAGUCGUAAGGUUUACUAUCCAGUCGUGUUUAGCUUGUAUAAUCCCCACGUCGUUUACACGCUACAAGGUAAAGAAUUGCCAUCAGAAACAGAUCAACUGGUGAUAUCAAGAGACACGGGCUUUUGGCGAGACUUUGGCUACGGCAUGACAUGUCAAUAUCGAUCUGACUUUCUCAAAGUUCGCGGUUUCGAUGAAGAGAUUGUUGGGUGGGGUGGGGAAGACGUGAUGCUGUAUCGCAAAUAUGUGCGGUCUAAUAUCAAAGUCAUAAGAACAACUGAUCCCGGAAUUUUUCACAUUUGGCAUCCAAAGGUAUGUUCCGGAACACAAAAUGGGCAAAAACUCUCAGCGGAUCAAUAUCGAGCAUGUAUUCGUUCGCGAGCUUUGAAUGAAGCUUCUCAUCCUCAAUUAGGAUUCUUGGCAUUCCAUGACGAUCUCAUGAUGGCAAAUCAAACUGAAACAUCUCAAAAUAUAAACGCAACGAAUCCUCAUAUUGUUGAAAUAAAAAGCACGAAAAAGCAACCGUCAACAGUUCAAGCGACGAAAAAUUUACGUGCGAAGUUGUCGUCAUCCACAACAAAAAAAUCCACAUGAUCUUUUGUGAUGCAUCAUCAAGAGAGCUUUUGGAAAAUUGAAUUUUAAAUAGAGAAACGCUUCUUUCAUUUAUCAUUUAUUGUUUCCGACUCUCUCUACGUCAUUUGAGUUUGAUUUAUGAUGAAACGAACUGAAUGUUAUGUAAAUUAAUUAAUAAUAAAAUGAUAGCAUUUGGAAAGAUGAAAUUAUCAUUAGAAAUAAACUUAAAGCACAUCAAUAAACCAGAAGUGUGUAAAAUGAAAGUUUUCCAAUAAUUUCGAUGUCAAUGCUCAAGAAAAUCGAUUUAUGCUGAAAAUUUUCGAUAUCUAUAAAUGAAAAUAUUGUAAAUAUUAUUCUCUAGCUAUAGCUAAGAUACCAAAGAUGAUACUUGAUACUAUCGAAGAGAAACACUUCAAACUUAUAUGGCUCAAAAUGAGAAAAAAUGUGAUGAAAAUUUUUCGUUUUUAUUUCGCCCAAAGUUUCUUCAUUCAAUGAGAAAUCUUCGGGAAAUUUUUAUUUUGACACUUGACGUACAAGGAAAAGCUUCUUUACUAUCAUUUCAAUAAAUCUUUAAAUCUUUUCAUAAUUCUGGAGACAGUUUAAACACUUGGUUGUAGAAUUAAAAAUUUAAGUAGUUACACUUAGUGAAGUCCUUCAGAGAUGAAAUUGCUUUCUAAAAAUAUUUCUAAAAUCAAAUAAAUUUUUAUCAACAUCAGAUGAUUGAAAAGUAAUCAACAAGUAGUUGAUGUAGAACUUAUAAUAGGUUGUUGAUAUUGAAUAACUGUAAAUAUACUAAAAUGAAUAAUCAUAAUAAAACUUGGUAAUAAAUAA